GCCUAAACCCAACGCAAAGAAAGCUGAGAGCUGCGCUCAGGCCAAUUAAGGCGGACUUGUGGCGCUCUCUUACGUGUACAGCCAACAAGCUCGGCGUUAGGGCAACACCAGAGUAUCUGGCUAAAAAAAAGAGAGAGAGGGAGAGGGAGCGAUCUUGUUCUUUCCUCUCAGCCUCAGAAACAUGUCGAUGAGUCCCAAGCACACUACUCCUUUCUCAGUCUCUGACAUAUUGAGUCCCCUGGAGGAGAGCUACAAGAAGGUGGCUAUGGAGAGCGCCGGCUUAGGGGCGCCCCUGUCAGCAGCCUAUAGGCAAUCCCAGGUGUCUCAGGCCAGCAUGCAGCAGCACGGUAUGGGCCACAAUGGGCCAGUCAGCGCUGCCUACCACAUGACAGCUGCGGGGGUCCCUCAGCUCUCCCACACCACCAUGGGGGGCUACUGCAAUGGCAAUUUGGGAAACCUGGGCAAUAUGAGUGAGCUGCCACCUUACCAGGACACAAUGAGGAAUAGUUCGGCUACAGGAUGGUAUGGAGCCAACCCGGACCCAAGAUUCUCAACAAUUUCCCGCUUUAUGGGUCCCUCCAGCGGAAUGAACAUGGGAGGUCUCGGCAAUAUGGGCUCCCUGGGAGAUGUAGGGAAGAGCAUGACCCCCCUGCAGGCAACCCCCAGGAGAAAGCGCAGAGUUCUCUUCUCCCAGGCUCAAGUGUAUGAGCUGGAGAGGCGAUUCAAGCAACAGAAAUACCUGUCUGCCCCGGAGAGAGAGCACCUAGCCAGCAUGAUCCACCUCACCCCCACCCAGGUAAAGAUUUGGUUCCAGAAUCACCGCUACAAGAUGAAGCGCCAGGCCAAAGACAAAGCCGCACAGCAGCAGAUGCAACAGGAUAACAGUUCCUGUCAGCAGCAACAGUCCCCAAGAAGGGUGGCAGUGCCAGUGUUGGUGAAAGAUGGCAAGCCAUGCCAAGCUGGCUCUAAUACACCCACUGCUGCCCUCCAAAGCCACCAGCAACAGACGGCCACAGCUAUCACAGUUACCAGUAAUGGGCUGGGGCCACACCAGAGCCACCAAACAAACAGUGCAGGUCAGUCUCCAGAUCUGGUUCCCCAUUCCAAUAGCCCUUCCAGUCUCCAGAAUCAAGUCACCAGUCUGUCUCACCUAAACUCUUCCAGUUCCGACUAUGGCUCGGCUAUGUCCUGCUCUACCUUGCUCUAUGGUAGGACAUGGUGAUUGCAAACAUCUUAAACUAUCUUAGCCCUUCUCUUUCUCAACCUAAGGGAAAAGAAAAAAAAACUGCUGUACAUUAGGGAGGACGGAUUUAUAGGAGGCUCCAACAAGGAAUCCAAAAAGGGAAGUGGGAGGAUAGAGUUUAGUUAUUAAACUGGAUGGAUGACACUCAAAAUGUCAAAGGGAAACAAGGAUUGGACUUCAAACUCUACUCUCCGUGGUGUGUGACCAGCAAGAUGCUUGUACAGUACAUAGGGCUUAACUGGAGACCUGGGGAUAAGAUGCUACUGAAGCCUUCAGUCCUUGAGAGGAAAAGCUGUUACGGUUUUUGUCCUCUAUACGCAGUUUUAUGUGAUAAUGUAACCCUCAAUUUGUGGAACUCUGCAUAUAGAUUUUAGUCACCUGUAAAUUUUGUGUAAAAAAAAAAAAACAAUCAAGGCAAACGAGAACUCAUCCCUUUUUUGUAUUGCAAUGAAGCUAUGAUGUAUAUAAUCAUCUCAGAGCUUUGUUAUGCGCCGUAGUCUCUCCUUUCUGCAGUGUCUAAUUUAGGUAUCUGGCUUAAACCUAACUCUGGGGCAAACUGCUAAUAAAUUAAGCACAUCGGAAAGAUGCAUUUAUUUAUUCAUUUCAUAUCACUGUCACAUUCCUUUGGGGCAAACGAAUCUGUGUUUAACUGGGAAUCAACAAGUGUCCUGUCUCCUAGGGGCCAGCAAUAUUCCAAUGAUCUACACUGAAUUUUUAAUGUCUUGAAAUUGAAUCUACUGCCAUGUGCUUAGAUAAAUGUAACGGGUAGAUAUUUAUUACAGGUAAUCAUUUUGCUUAUUCCCAGAAAAAAGUCCGAAUUUAGUCACUGUUAAAAAAUCUUUAUAAUAUUGUCAGGAUGUUUUGUGUUCGUAAAAUACUGUAGCCAUUGGAUUGUCCCUGAAUAUCCAAUUGCAUAUCUGAUAAAGGGCAUCUGUACUGAAUUGUCUUUCAUUUGCCCUGGGAUGAAAAUAUUCGUUAUCUCUUAUAUUUAGUUAAAAAAAAAACCAGAAAAACCACGAACACAACGACAGCUUCACCUUCUUUUCUUGAAACAGACACUUGAAAUGUGCGUGCGUGUGUGUGUAUAUCUGAGCAAGGGGUUUCUUUUUUGUUUUUCCUUCAAAAAUGUCUUUGGAAUUUUCAACUUAUGAAAAAUUAAAACAAAUCUUUAAUCAAAACAA